CGCCCAACGCGGCGUCCGGCGCGCGGCUGGGCCGGCGGUGGCGGCUGUCGCUGGCCUCGUUGCGGGAGCCGCGGGGUCCGCGUCCGCUCCGUCCGCCCUUCGCCUUGCGCCCGGUCGGGGUCUCCGCGGCCCGGCGCCGGCCCGCCAUGGUGCCGUCGGCGCGCCCUGCGCGGCCCCGCUGAGCCUGGGUGCGGCGGCGAGCGCGGCUCGGGGUCACCAUGCCCACCCGAGUGUGUUGCUGCUGUUCUGCUUUGCGUCCUCGCUACAAACGCCUGGUGGACAACAUAUUCCCUGAGGAUCCAAAAGUAAUUUGAUCUACAUCUACUGAUCCUUCUCUUUGCUGACCCAUCCUUCCCCCUGCUGACCUCCCUAAGGAUGGCCUCGUUAAAGCAGACAUGGAGAAAUUGACAUUUUAUGCAGUAUCUGCUCCAGAGAAGUUGGAUCGAAUUGGUUCUUACUUAGCAGAAAGGUUGAGCAGGGAUGUUGUCAGACAUCGUUCUGGGUAUGUUUUAAUUGCUAUGGAAGCCUUGGACCAACUUCUUAUGGCUUGCCAUUCUCAAAGCAUCAAGCCAUUUGUAGAAAGCUUUCUGCAUAUGGUAGCAAAGCUGCUAGAAUCCGGGGAACCAAAGCUGCAAGUGCUUGGAACAAAUUCUUUUGUCAAAUUUGCAAAUAUUGAAGAAGACACACCGUCUUAUCACCGACGUUACGACUUUUUUGUAUCUCGCUUCAGUGCCAUGUGUCAUUCCUGUCAUAGUGAUCCAGAAAUACGAACAGAAAUCCGAAUUGCUGGAAUCAGGGGUAUUCAGGGAGUGGUUCGCAAAACAGUUAAUGAUGAACUUCGGGCUACCAUUUGGGAACCCCAGCACAUGGACAAAAUUGUUCCAUCCCUGUUAUUUAACAUGCAGAAGAUCGAAGAGGUUGACAGUCGCAUAGGCCCUCCUCCUUCUCCUUCUGCUGCUGACAAAGAAGAGAACCCUGCCGUGCUGGCUGAAAACUGCUUCAGGGAGCUGCUGGGUCGAGCGACUUUUGGGAAUAUGAAUAACGCUGUUAGACCAGUUUUUGCGCAUUUAGACCAUCACAAACUAUGGGAUCCCAAUGAAUUUGCAGUUCACUGCUUUAAAAUUAUAAUGUAUUCCAUUCAGGCUCAGUAUUCUCACCACGUAAUUCAGGAAAUUCUAGGACACCUUGAUGCUCGUAAAAAAGAUUCUCCACGGGUCCGAGCAGGUAUCAUUCAGGUUCUAUUAGAGGCUGUUGCCAUUGCUGCCAAAGGUUCCAUAGGACCCACGGUGCUGGAAGUCUUUAACACCCUACUGAAGCACCUGCGUCUCAGUGUUGAAUUUGAAGCAAAUGAUUUACAGGGGGGAUCUGUAGGCAGUGCCAACUUAAACACCAGUACCAAAGACAAUGAUGAGAAGAUUGUGCAGAAUGCUAUCAUCCAAACAAUAGGAUUUUUUGGAAGUAACCUACCAGAUUAUCAGAGGUCAGAAAUCAUGAUGUUCAUUAUGGGAAAAGUACCCGUUUUUGGAACAUCCACUCACACUUUGGAUAUCAGUCAACUAGGGGAUUUGGGAACCAGGCGGAUUCAGAUAAUGUUGCUGAGAUCUUUACUUAUGGUAACCUCUGGAUAUAAAGCAAAAACAAUUGUUACUGCACUGCCUGGGUCUUUUCUGGAUCCUUUGUUAUCACCAUCCCUCAUGGAAGACUAUGAACUGAGACAGUUAGUCUUGGAAGUAAUGCAUAACCUCAUGGAUCGCCAUGACAACAGGGCAAAACUUCGAGGGAUCAGAAUAAUACCAGAUGUAGCUGACCUAAAGAUAAAAAGAGAAAAAAUUUGUAGACAAGACACAAGUUUCAUGAAAAAGAAUGGGCAACAACUCUAUCGGCACAUAUAUUUGGGCUGUAAAGAGGAAGACAAUGUUCAGAAAAACUAUGAGCUACUUUAUACUUCUCUUGCUCUUAUCACUAUUGAAUUGGCCAAUGAGGAAGUGGUUAUUGAUCUCAUUCGAUUAGCCAUUGCUUUACAGGACAGUGCGAUUAUCAAUGAGGAUAAUUUGUCCAUGUUCCAUCGCUGUGGAAUCAUGGCUCUGGUUGCGGCCUAUCUCAACUUUGUAAGUCAGAUGAUAGCCGUCCCAGCGUUUUGCCAGCACGUCAGCAAGGUGAUUGAAAUUCGAACUAUGGAAGCUCCUUAUUUUCUACCAGAGCAUAUUUUCAGAGAGAAGUGCAUGCUUCCGAAAUCUUUAGAGAAGCAUGACAAAAGUUUAUGCUUUUUGACCAACAAGAUCGCCGAGUCACUAGGCGGAAGCGGUUACAGUGUCGAGAGGUUGUCGGUACCGUAUGUGCCGCAAGUAACAGCUCUCUUUCCUUCAGACAAAAAACCUCACAAACCCAGGCACAAGCGCAAAGAUGAAGAUCGACUUUCUAGAAGAAAAAGCAUUGUGGACACCGUAUCCAUUCAGGUGGAUAUUUUGCCCAACAGCAUCCCUUCUGAUGAUGUGGUUAGUAACACUGAAGAAAUCACCUUUGAAGCACUGAAGAAAGCAAUUGAUACCAGUGGAAUGGAAGAACAGGAAAAGGAAAAGAGGCGUCUUGUGAUAGAGAAAUUCCAGAAAGCACCUUUUGAAGAAAUAGCAGCACAGUGUGAAUCCAAAGCAAAUUUGCUUCAUGACAGACUUGCUCAAAUACUGGAACUCACCAUACGCCCUCCUCCUAGUCCAUCGGGAACACUGACCAUUACUUCUGGGCAUGCCCAGUACCAGUCUGUCCCAGUCUAUGAGAUGAAGUUUCCAGAUCUGUGUGUGUACUGAGUGGCUCAUGAAGACCUCAGCAUAGGAUCUAAAGCCUAUAAAUGAAGGCCCCGCUGAGUCUUCAGGGUUUACUUAAUGUGUGUUAACAUGCUUCCUGGGAAUAACGGUGAGACUUCUCUUCAACCAAAUCUUGGCACGUACCGCAUUGACACGGUGGAGCUGUAUAUGGUUGAGAGUACUUUUGAGGGUCGGUUUCUGUCACGAUAGUUUCUUUUGAGCUUCCUGUUGGCUUCCGGAGUUGGACAUGUAUUGGUCUCCCAUCAUUCCAUAGUUCAACAGUGUAUUUUAAACUUUUCACAAACAGGUAAUUUUAAAAGAUUAUGCUUUCAGAGGGUUGAAGAUGCAUCAGGUGUCUACUGUAUUUCUUAAACAUCUACACAACUGCUUAGAAAUAGAAUUGCUUUUGUGUCUGGUUAUCUGCAAAAGCAAAUACAUACAAAUAUAUUGCUGAUCUUGGGGCUGCAAAACUGUUCUGUGGCUUGUUGUCCCCAUGUUUUAGAUGUUGUGAUCUGUAGUAACAUGUGCUAGGCAUUCCUCAACUUGUUUAUGGUAAGAAGACAUCUCUUGAAUAAUAUUCCUAGAAAAUGACCAACCCUAAAAUCGCCAUACUUAAAAAGCGUCUAGUUUUCGUAAUACUGUGUUGUCUGCCAAGAGUUGACCGUUCUACUUGAGAGAAGCUUAGAGCUUACUCUUGGCAUACCAAACCGUGCAAUAUUUUUUUACAUCAUAAGAUGUAUUAGUUUACAGAAUAUACUUUGAAACUCUAGUAGUAUUUUGCUGUGGCUCCAUUAAUUAAAUGAGAUCUGUAUUUAGUGUAAGAAAAAAAAGACAUUUAAAACAGCUACUAGUUCACCUGUGAAGAGUGUGUACAUUUUGAUUUCUUCCAAAGCGCAUUAUUUACAUUUUUAUAUUGUGCGUUGUUUUAAAUCUUCGUAGUCAAAAGAUUCUCCAAAUGGGCUUUUAAUUUGUAAGAUUUGAACUGUAACUUGUAUGCAUCUGUUUAGGAUUUGUUAUAUUACACUUGAAAAGAGUGCCUAUGGCUUUAGUGAUCAAGCGUGCUAAGGAUUGUCAGCGGAAGCUUCUGUUGAUUGAGGCCACCGGGACUACACGUGUAACAUGUGCUCCCAGCCCCACAGUGUUUCCUUAAAAUUAUGUGCAUUUUAGUGAAUUCCAUCGCACAGAGUAAAUGAGCAACUUUCUUUGCAACUCAUAUAAAAUUCUCUUAGGUCAUUUUUAUAGAAUAACCUGUUUAUAAUUAUAUUGCCUUUUCAGACUCAGUUUCUUUUUACAAAGAACAAUAUACAUAUCAAACAUUGUAGCUCAAAAAACAAUUCGGUUUUUACCUUUUUUGUUUGAAAAACUACAGUUGAGAAUGGCAUGUUAGGGGUUUGUGUCUAUGGUUGUUGGGCACCUUUGCAAGGAACAGAAAAAGGUACGGAAGUGGCAAAAGAACAAGCCUGCCUCCAGUUUUUUAAUAAACUGACGUACGGGGUCUCGAAGCCUCUUGCAAAAGGUCCUAGCUGUCUAGACCCAGAAAAUGAUACUCGGGCCUCCCGGGCGGUGUCGUGAAUGUUUAUCUGCAGGAUAACAGUGCAGUCGGCACGGGGGUUGGAUGACCUUACUUCAGCUGCCACUGGGACUUUGCCUCUUGAUCAGGUAAAAUGUGUCACCACAUAAUAGGCCAAUUUUGUUUUCUAUUCCCCUUUUUUUCUUCUCUAUUUUUAAAGAAGGGUGUUAAUUUUUGUGCAUUUAAAAACAUCUGAACAGGGGGACACACAGAAACAACCAUCAUCCACUUGGAUGUCAUUUUAUAGAUGAACACUGUGUGCUUUUGUAUGAAAAUAUAUAUAAUUUAGUGGUAUAAGUAAAGGAGUUAUAUAUUCAUUUGCACUCAGUGCAAAACAAACUUUGCUCUACAAAAUUUCAUGUUUCUCUGUGAUUUAAAAAUGCAUGUAUUGCAUGUGAAGGAAAACCAUUUGAAUUAAUGUUUCUCACCCCUUUCUCUUGGUCUGUUUGUAAACUGUUGAUGUGGGUUUUGCGGGGUUUUUUUUCUUGUUGUUUUUAAAUCACGAUAGACUUCUAUAUAUCCUAGAUAAAUAAUGGUUCCCAAGAAGUGGAUCUUUGCUUUAUUUGUCCCUUCUAGGAGACCGUAGGAGAUCCUGCGGGUAGGGGGUCACGUCCAAGCCAGUUUGGAGACUGAAAGUUUACGAUUUGUUGAAGUUCACUUGGAUGGCUAUAUUUUUGUAGAUAUUUAAAACUCUUAAUAAACUGUUAAUCAUUCUGUUUUUGCUGUA